ACGGCAACACCGUAUCUGUUUUGCCCCAUUUUCAACUAGAAAGACAGCCGAUCCUAGAGUCCGCUGUGGUUAGGUCUCAAUCUCAAUUCAGCUCAAUCUAACCUUAAAUUUCUACUUCGUGUUGUAGGCUAGUCAGAAACAUGUGUUUCAUAUUAUUAUAGAUUAUUUCAAUCUAAUAAGAUAUGAAAUGUAUGUUCUGAUUUUAUUACGUUAUAUAUCAGAAAUUACUAACUACUGAGUAAAUUGAAAUGCAAUAUUUAUCAUAUUCGACGGUGUUUAAAUGUAACAGGCCUAACCAAUAAUUGUAAUGUAUGUCUGAAAUCUGAAAUGAAAUAUAAUUGAAACUAAUUUGGUCUGAAGAUAUAAUAACAUCAAUUUGUUUUGUAGUUAAUUUGUAAAUCGUUCGAAAAUAGAAUAUUCUGUUAUAUUUGAUAUGAAUUAUGGCUAAUAUAAUGGAUUCAAUAUCGAACAUACUUGGCAUUGAUAAAGUAAAUAUGGAUGGAAAAUUAAUUUGCAUAGAAGAACAACAUGAUAGUAAUGCAAGCUUUUUAUUGAGUUGUGUUAUAUUUAAUGCAUUAAAAAAGAAUCAUGGAAUAUGUUUUAUGUUAUUUCAUAAUACAAUGAAUCAUUAUCAUAAUAUGGGUGUGAAAUUUGGUUAUAAUCUUAUGUUAUUGAAAGAAAAACGUAAAGUUACAGUUAUAGAACCAAUGAAGUUUAUUGUAUCUAAUAUGGAAUAUACAUGUGAACAAAAAGCAAACAAUAUUAUUCAUGAUAUAUUUUUAACUAUUAAAGAUGAAUAUGACAAAAUAGUACAAAACAAUGAACCUGUUACUAUUAUAAUUGAUGAUUUUAGUCAUAUUUAUAAUUUUGGAUGUAAUUUGAGAGAAUCUACAUAUUACGCAAGAUAUUUAAGAUCACUUGUUGAAUAUUACAAUAAAUCUCAACUUUGUAUUGUAACACACACCUUUAAAGAUGAGCCGAAAAAUUCUGUUUCUAAUAUAUUUGCAUCUGGGCUUAAACACAUGGCGGAUUUAUUUGUUAAAAUCGAGCCUCUGGAAACAGGAUAUUCUUAUGAUGUAUCUGGAAAUAUAACAAUUAAUUGGAAAAUGGAUGAUAUUAGAACAAAAUAUAAUUGGCCUGAAGUAGCAAGAUAUAUAUAUAAGUUAUCAGAUCGUCAAGUAAAAAUUUACACACCUGGAGCAUCAGCUUUAUUAGCAUAAAGCAAGUUCUCUGGAAACUUAUUUAUAGUUCUAUAUGAUAUGCACAUAUACAGAAAAAUAGUAAUAAACCAUUUUAUUUCAUAAAUGGUAUAUAAUUCUGAAUUUUAUUAUAACUUUUUAAAUUGUAAUUUUGUAAUUUAUAAUUACAAAAUUUAUCUUUAUGGUUUGUUUUAAUUUAUCAAAAUAAUUAGUAAAAUGGCAAUAAUAACAAUAAAAAUAUCAUAUUUAAAAAAUUGGAAUGGAAACAGAUAUUUAUAAUAAUGGAUAAGUCCUCUAUCAUAAUUACUUGCAAUUUGCAAUUUGUGUAUCAUAUUGUAUCUUAUAACAUGGAACAUGUUAUCUUUACUUACAUUAUAUGCAAUACUUGUAUGUAUGCAGUACAGUAUAAAAUAUAUAUUAAUCCGUAGCAGAA